CUUCACCUAACCUGCAAGUUCAAUGGGCUCUCCUGGGCUGGCCGGGCAAAACACACCGCCAUGAAGGACAUUAUAGCAAGGGGGAAAUGCAAACCGAGUGAAGACAGAAGCAUGGACAAUGGACUCUAAAUCAAAGAAGACUGAUAAGCCCGCCAUGUGCACCACCAGUGCGUGCGACCUGGAGGAGAUCCCCCUGGAUGAUGAUGACGCAAACAGCAUCGAAUUCAAAAUCCUGGAGUUCUACGCCAAACACCAUGUCUUCAAGAGCACGUCUGCUGUCUUCUCACCAAAGCUGCUGAGGACCAGAAGUCUGUCCCAGAAAGGACUGGGGAGCUGGUCAGCAAACGAGUCGUGGACACAGGUGUCGUGGCCUUGCAGAAGUUCCCGAUCUAGUGAGAAGCCCAUAAGCCUCGCCAAGAAAAAGUCCUCUUGGAGAUCCCUCUUUGGAGUAGCAGAGAAAGAUGAAGAUUCAGAGAGCUUGCCUACGAAGAUCCAGGCUCAGGGUCUAAAGCGAGUGGAGUAUGAGGGUGGUCUUCACACUCAACAAUGUUCUAGGUCCCUUUCCAACGAGGGACCGCGCUUAGAGGCCCAAGCUGUGGACCCCAAAGUUGCUUCCAUUGCCAACCGAGUUGCUGAAAUUGUUUACUCCUGGCCACCUCCCGAAGAGCACACCCAGGGAGGAAGCGUCAAGCGUCAAGGGAACUUUGCUCCUAGGACCCUCUUUCUCUCGGAGGGCCUGAGCUCCCAGCCUCGAGCUGCAAGUGGGAAGAAAGACGGAGAAGACCAAAUAAUAGCCAAAAUCGUUGAGCUGCUGAAAUACUCAGGGGAUCAGAUGGAAAGAGAGCUGAAGAAAGACAAGGCUUUGAUGAACAGCUUCCAGGACGGGCUGUCCUACUCUGUUUUCAAGACCAUCACGGACCAGUUCCUAAGGGGUGUAGAUACCAGAGGAGAAUCAGAGGUCAAAGCUCGGGGCUUUAAGGCGGCUCUUGCCAUAGACGUGGCCGCCAAGCUCAACGCCAUUGACAACCACCCCAUGAACAAGGUGCUAGGCUUUGGAGCCAAGUACCUGAGAGAGAACUUCUCGCCGUGGGUGCAGCAGCACGGAGGAUGGGAAAAGGUACUUGGGAUAUCCCUUGAAGAAGUAGACUGAAACAUCAGAAGAUGUGUAAUCCGGAAAACUCAUUGGCCAGCUGUGGUCCUGUGUACAUGGGCCUCAGCAUAGACUCCAGGAGAAAGUGAAAGUGUACAAGGCAGAUGGAGCAUUAUUCUCAUGCACCAAGAACAUCGGGAGAGGCCUCGUUCGUGUCCAGCUCACACACGGUAGUCGCAUGGCUUUGCCACCCGUGUUCUUCAGGCCCUCCACUGAGUGUGUGAGGAAAUCCAGAAAGACAAGUGGUAAUUCUCUCCAUUAUUGAGAACAGACACCGCCAUCCUGCCUCGGUGGCCACCAUAGGGAAAGGGUGUUAUUCCGACCUCAGGAGGGCGCAAUGAUAAACUGCAUGUGCCUACUCUCUGGUUUCCAGUACUAUUUAUUGUUAAACCACAUUGGGACGGCCUAAUGACAUUGUUGCAAGCCCACCGUUAGGAAGAUGUUGCUGUUCAUGUUUAGCAGACAUAGCUCCAGAGAGACUCAAGUGUAUCACUAGAUCUACUCGUUUGGGGAAAUACUAGCCUAUCUGCCUUUCAGGCUCACUUUUCUGGGAGAAUUCUUUGGUGCUUUGAAAAAAUUCCAUUUGGCAGAACACAAUUACUCCUACUGCCCUCACCUCUCAGUGACCCUGCCUCUGCCUCUCAAGGUCUUUGAGACUUGAUUAUUUUUUAGGGGAAUGUAAUGAUUAGUAGCUGGUAAAAUAAAUAUGUGGAAAGACCA